UCAUGACGUAACGCGGAAGUGAUCCAGCCAACAUGGCAGCGUCCUUGACAGGCAUGUUUUGGUUUCAGUGAAGCGACAAAACCUGCAGAAUAGUAGAAAACUACCGGGCUACAUGACUCUUUAAUAAAUCCCGUUAGCGGAAUAUGGAGAGACGAGAGUUCGUCGCUUCACUUGUGGCAGGUGGCUGUGCUGGGAUGUGUGUGGAUCUGACCCUGUUCCCCUUGGACACCAUCAAAACUAGACUGCAGAGUCAGCAGGGCUUCUACAAGGCCGGGGGCUUCAGGGGCAUCUACGCUGGCGUGCCCUCAGCUGCAGUUGGAUCCUUCCCCAAUGCCGCUGCUUUCUUUGUCACCUACGAGUGCACCAAGUCCCUCCUCGGCGCUGGUGGAGCGCUUGCAGCACCACAUGUGGCACCUGUCACUAACAUGCUCGCCGCCUCCUUGGGAGAAAUUGUGGCGUGUUUGAUCCGAGUGCCAACAGAAGUGGUCAAACAAAGAACACAAGCCUGUCCUUCAUCAGCCACCUACAACAUCCUGCUGACUACGCUUAGAGAGGAGGGUGUUGGAGGCCUCUACAGAGGAUACUUCAGUACGGUUCUCAGAGAGAUCCCAUUCUCUCUGGUGCAGUUUCCUCUUUGGGAAUAUUUAAAGAUGCUGUGGUCACAGAGGCAAGGUCACACGCUCCACUCUUGGCAGUCAGCAGUGUGCGGAGCUUUUGCAGGUGCCGUGGCGGCAUUUGCCACCACUCCUCUUGACGUGGCAAAGACCAGGAUCAUGCUAGCAAAGGCAGGCUCGGCCACGGCGAGCGGCAACAUCCCGCUGGUGCUCCUGGAUGUGUGGAGGAGUCGGGGCCUUCCGGGUCUGUUUGCAGGCAGCAUGCCACGGAUGGCGUUCAUCAGCAUGGGCGGGUUCAUCUUCCUAGGAGCCUACGAGAAGAUCAGACGCACUCUGCUUUAGCAGCACGUCUUUGUUGAUGGACAGAGUUCCUGACCUGGUGAAGAGCUGCAGGAAGAAGCCUCUGGAUGUGUCACCCUGUCUAGAAGCAGGAAACUCCUGGUCUCUGAGGAGUCGUUAUACAUGACUGCAUUACCCAGAGUGCUUUGUUCCUGCUCAUCAGCACUCUGAGUAAAACAUGACAGACUUCUGUGGCUGCAUUGUGAUCUAAUAUCUUAUUUUAUUUGUGACCGAAUGAGUUUUAGAAAUUAAAGACUGUCUCUUUAAACUUUGA